CCUUUGACUGCUGCAUUCAGCUCUAUAAGGGGUGGGAUGAUAUUUGUCUGGGACACUUUUAAGUGGCAAAACCUGCCAGGUUUCAUCCACACAGCGUUUUAUUAGAAAGGAACAUAUUGUGCUCUUGAUACUAGACUCCAAAAUGGAAGCCUACAUAGUGUUGUGCUUUAUAAGUCUGCUGUCUGUUGGGAUCCAAGCACAAAACACAAGUGACUGCGUUCCAGACGUUGCACCGAACUUGGCGGCGAGAAUCACCACCAACUCUGUGAUCCUUAAUCCGCCAAGUUGUUGCUUUGGUAACCUCACAGGUUUGAAUUGUACCUCCAACACAUGCGAAGUAUGGUUGGUUUCUGCAGUGGACACAGGAGUCAACAAUUUCAACACGGACAAAACCAGCACAGAUUUUCUCAGCAAGUCCCCGUACCAGUCGGCUUUCGGUGGCAGCAACCCUAAGAAUUACUUUCUGACCAAAGCUGGUCUUCAGGGAGAUUUUCCCUGCCCCUCCUCCUCUACUGGCAGCUACUUCAGAGUCGGAGCGGAUGGCAAUUGCGUUACCACCAACUGCAAUGGAGUAUUACCUCAGGGGUCAACUGCAAGUUUCAAGUAUCUUCUUGUUGAUCCAGCUAGCAAGACGCUUCUUGCAGAGACAAAGUGGUCUAACAACAUUACUCUCUACACCUCAAAAGACCCUGGCAGUAUCAGUGACAGUUUUGCUGGGCGGUCCGGUGCCAUGGUCGUCAUCACAACAAUUCUAUGUGUUGCUAUGGCUCUGCUUUUGCUCAUCAUCAUCCUAGCACUGUGCUGUUGUGGCGGUAAUGGCAAAGAACAAAGACCUGGUUCACAAAGACUUGGUUCAGUGAUGGGAUCAUUCCGCAUUCCCCGCUAUGACACACACCACCUGAAGGACCCCUCCCCGUACGACAACCCCGCCUACGAGAGAGAAAGGAAGUACACCACAGCAGACACCUUGCCGAAGUCUUCAGCCACCACUGCUGUUAAUCCUGCUUCUCAGGACAUCAUCAAGAUGCAGAAAAUAUGAGCAAAAAGAACUCUACAUCAAGCCAGCUAAAGGAUUUUUUUGAUCAAAUGCUAAUGUGGCUAACAGCAAAUGGAAGCAUGGAAGUAGGACAGGGAAAACCAGCAGUAUGACAUGUUUCAUAGGCUUCAUUCAUUCUUCACAGAGGUGGGCAAUAUGAGAAUAUGUUACUGUUAUCAUGAUACAUUUUGUCAUUACACUGUAUAUAUAUUUUAAAAUACAUCCUGUGUAUUAUCAGUACUUGUAGAACACUGUACAAAUACAUGUAUCAUAAAAAGAUUAAGGCCAUUUACAGAGAGCCUGUACAUUGGCUAUUGGGGUCCUAAGCGACAUCCCACUCAAAGGAUUGGUGAGGGGGCACACCUUACCUAUCAAUAUUAA